AACGACCAUGGCAGUAUCCGCAGCGUCUCCGCACCCGAUCGCGUCCGAGCACCGCACACCUCAACCCGGGUCGACCGCGGCACGGAGCCGGCAAGCGCACGGCGACACGCAGCUGAGCCCGGAUGAAUGAGCAGCAGGCAAACAUGAGGGUCAUCUUCAUCCAAAACGCCGGUUUCGUCGCAGCUUUCUCGCCUUGUCGAUGUGAGUCAGUGAUGUUGGCAGCGUUCAGGAACACAGAAGAUGCGAGCGAGCCCCAAAUGACACACGGACAGACCUUACUAGUCGAAUGAGGAGUAGCCCAUGUGAUAUAUUUAUUAUUAGAGGCGCAAUAUAGACUAUAUAACUUGUUUAAGUCGAAUGGUCGGCUGACUUAAUAUUAUAAUACGUUAUUAUUACACAAUUAAUAUCCAUUUUUUUCCAAAUGAAAGAAACGUCAUUUUUGUAGACUUUUAUGUUAAGUAGAUGGUUAGGACGUUAAUAUGAUAAGUUUUUAAGACAAUCUGGAAAUGUUUGCUUCCACGUGGACGAAUAUGACAAGUAGCAUGUUCGUUAUUCCUUGUAAUUUAUUUAUUUAUAACUAUUAUUAAGCCUACAAGUAUUACAGCAUAUUAGUUUGUUAUUGCUAGCAUAGCGGGUGACUUCAAACAACACGCGCGUUAGACGAGUGAGAUGGAAAGAGCGUACUUGGCGCCCCGCCGCGGUGCGAGCCGCUCCGAGCCCCCCAGAGGUCAAACCUGUGGGAGCGAACUCCGUGCCCCACCGCUACCCGCCGGACGCUCACCCGAAGAGAUCACUGCGGGCGGCGACAGUGACAGGAGGAGCCCCGGCGUGAAAAAACACCACCACAAGCACAACCUGAAGCACCGCUACGAGCUGCUGGAGACGCUGGGGAGAGGCACGUACGGCAAAGUCAGGAAGGCCAUUGAACGCCACUCCGGCAGAGAGGUGGCGAUCAAGUCUAUUCGGAAGGAGAAGAUCAAGGACGAGCAGGACAUGGUUCACAUCCGCCGCGAGAUUGAGAUCAUGUCGUCACUGCGCCACCCGCACAUCAUCUCUAUAUACGAAGUGUUUGAGAACAAAGACAAGAUCGUGAUCGUCAUGGAGUACGCCAGCAAGGGCGAGCUGUACGACUACAUCAGCGAACGGCGGCGCCUGAGCGAGCGGGAGACGCGACACUUCUUUCGGCAGAUUGUCUCCGCUGUGCACCAUUGCCAUAAGAAUGGAGUGGUGCACCGGGAUCUGAAACUGGAAAAUGUGCUACUGGAUGAAAACUGUAAUAUUAAGAUUGCUGACUUCGGCCUGUCCAAUCUCUACCACAAAGACAAGCUGCUGCAAACGUUUUGCGGGAGCCCGCUCUACGCUUCGCCAGAGAUUGUCAACGGGAGGCCAUACCGCGGGCCGGAGGUGGACAGCUGGGCACUGGGGGUGCUGCUGUAUACCCUGGUGUACGGAACCAUGCCGUUUGACGGGGGCGACCAUAAAAACCUCAUUCGCCAGAUUAGCAACGGCGAAUACAAGGAGCCCACGCAAUCCUCAGAUGCACGGGGAUUGAUCCGCUGGAUGCUAAUGGUGAAUCCCGAGCGCCGAGCCACCGUGGAGGACAUCGCCAAUCACUGGUGGGUGAACUGGGGCUGGAAGUACAGCGUGUGCGACUGCGACGCCCAGCGGGACCGCGGCGGCUCGCCCAUGCUGGCCCGCUUCAUCGACUGGCAGAGCCGCACCGAGCCACGCGGUCCCGCCGCCAAGCCGGCCGCCUUGCCGCCGCCGCUACUGCGCCAGAGGCCCAAAAAGUCCAAGAAGGAAAACGUGGAGGAAAGCAGACAGGCGGACGGCGGCGGCGAAGACAAACCGGGCCUGAAGAGACCCAAAGGCAUCCUGAAGACCAGGGCGGCAGGGGAGCAGCGGUCGGCCGGCGCGGAGGAGGGCCAGGCGGCCCGACCUGAGCAGGCGGAAGGCGGCAGUGAGGCUUCGAGUCCCGAUCGAGAAGAAGAAGAGACGCCUUUUGGGGGAGGCUCGCCGGCAAAGAUGGUGCCAAGCCUGCCCAAAAAAGGCAUCUUGAAGAACAACCAACAGCGGGAAUCAGGGUACUACUCCUCCCCCGAGCGCAGCGAGUCUACAGAGCUCCUGGGAGGAGCGAGCAUGACUCUGCUCGCAACCUCGCCACCCAAGAGAGCCAUGGGAAGAAAGGGCAUCUUGAAACGCAACGGCAAGUACUCCACCUACAGCGGCCCACCCUCAGCAGCCGCCCUGGCGGCCGGGGGAGCUCUCGGCGAGCCCCCCUCCGCCGCCGACUCGGGCCUGUCGCGCAGUCAGAGUCGGCCGUCCAGCAUGGUGGGCGAGGACGGCGGUUCCAACAAGUCGGCAGAGUGGCACCCUUCCACGCCGCACCUGCGCCCCAACAUCAGAGCGUGCGUGUCGGCCGAGAACCUGCUGCACCUGGCCAACUUUGCCAGCUUUCAGCCGUCGCCCGCCGCGCUCCAGGGCCCCAAAUUCGGCCGCAGCCCCAGAAGUAAAGGCUCCCCGCGGGACAAUGGCAGCUUCUCCUUGCUGGGGGACCUGGAGGACAUGACUCAGGUGUACCAGCAAGCCCUGGACAUCAGCAGCAACCUCACCUAACACAUGGGACGGGAAGCACAACUCUGUGUGUGUGUGUGUGUGUGUGGGUGUGUGUGUGUGUGUGUAUGUUUAUCAGGCAUGAACGACCGGUGUGUUACUGGGAUACAGAUUUGUGAAGUUUUCCAAACAGGGCUGAAAUCUUGAUGGAUUUGUUAGACAAACACACACCCACACAUUCAUAGGUGUACUUCGGAAGCGUAUUGGUGCCCCCCCCCAAAAAAAAAAUAUAAAGAAAGCUCUGUAUCAUGUAAUUAUGGGAAAAGGUUUACGUGAAAAUUGGAUAACGACCAAAUCUUUUCACCUUAUCACGGGAACCUUCCAUCCAUCCAUCCAUCCAUCAUCUACCGCUUAUCCGGGGCCGGGUCGCGGGGGCAACAGCUUUAGCAGGGAAGCCCAGACUUCCCUCUCCCUAGCUACUUCUUCCAGCUCUCCCCGGGGGAUCCCGAGUCGUUCCCAGUCAAGCUGGGUGACAUAGUCUCUCCAGCGUGUCCUGGGUCUUCCUCGGGGUCUCCUCCCGGUGGGACAUGACCGGAACACCUCACCGGGGAGGCGCUCAGGAGGCAUCCGAAUCAGAUGCCCAAGCCACCUCAUCUGGCUCCUCUCGAUGUGGAGGAGAAGCGGCUCGACUCUGAGCCCCUCCCGGAUGACUUAACUUAUCGUUUUAUUUAAAAACACGUGAGCCGCUGAGAACACGGGUGGUCCAACUCCAAUUUGGUCUUUUUUUUUUAAGCUGGAGAGUGAUUCCAAAGUUGUAUUCCCGUUGCCACGAUGGCUCCGCCCAUUUCGAAAUACUUCUUCGAAUCCGGAUUCUUGUCACAAUCUCAUCCACUGUGCUCAACAACUGUACAAAAUUAGCGGCAGGUAGAAUUGGAACGGAAUCAUGGAAAUGAGACAUCCUUGCUCCAAAUAACGUGAUACGUUGACGCCAUGGCGUGAAAAAGAUAACGGUAUCCCGACUAUUUUUGUUUGUGUUGCAGCAAUACGCUCCCGUUGGGUACACACUCGAGUGUACUUCAGGGCUUUUAUGAUCAGAAUCUGACACACACAAACACACACAGACACAAACGCCACCCAAGUGUGUUUCUUGGCCUCUGCUCGACUGUCCACUUUGCCACCUCACUGCGUUUCCACGUUUACACACUCAGCAAGAAGCGCAGAACCUUCCCCCAGAAAAAAAUAAAUAAAAAUAAUCUGGUCGUCCGUUUACAAAAGCACCUUAAAGAACUCACACAGAGCACACCGGCUUUUGUGAUCUCGACUUCCUUUUUUUGUUAUCGGCAUUUUUGGAAGACGGGAUUUAAAAAUAAAAAUAAAAAGCAAACCAGGGUCUUAUUCCAAAAAAAAAGUUGCUGAUUUAUUUAUUAAUAUUUGUGUCGCUUUUUUGUUGGUUGUUGUUGUUGUUGUUGUUGUUUUUGUGCAAAACUUGACGGGCGUUUGCUGUUACUGGAAUCCAACCUCUUGAUAUGUGGAUCUGACGUGUAGAAUUGUUUUAUUAAUGAUGAAACUGACACUAAUAACUACGUCCGUGCGUUGUAUGUCGCGAAGAAUCGCUGGGUUGUGUUCUAGGGGUGGGAAGCAGUGUGAAACGUCCCAUUAACAACAGAACUCAGAAAGGGGAAUCGAAUGUCAUUAAGGAUCCAGCCGCAACGAUACCGUGUCAAUGUUGUAUCCGUCCGCCAUCCCUGUUGCGUACGACGGUUGGUUAGUGGGCAAUAUAUCGCAAGUGCCUUUUUUUUUUCCUUACCGCGGAACACAAAAAACUGUUUGUCAUUUCCUGCAACGGCAAGCCAAAUUGCGUUUGUAUGUUUAUGCUGGUAUGGAGACACUCACCUAUAGUGUCUAGCUUGACCCAGUAGGGUUUGGUUUAAGUGGCUGCCCCCUAUAGGCCUGGAAGUGCAUACACCACUUCGGGUUCAUUUAUGUUGUUUUGCCCUGUUUCUUUGCUUAUUUAAGGUCAUAAUGUGUUUUUUAUGGACCCGCCCCCCCUCCCCAAGACUUAAGACUAUUAUCAGAAUGGUUCACAUUUCGACCCAAAGCGCCAUCGAUACGGCUAAACCAAGGGUGUGCCUAUCCACACUUUUUUUUCGGAACAUUUUUUGGUAGGUUUACUGUAGGGGUGGGAGGGGGCAGUUCCCCGCCCCCUAAACUAAAUGAACGCGUGAUUUGAUUGAACCUACUGCUGACUAAGCCAAAUGUUGGGUCCCGCCAGACACAGGUCUAGGUGCGGCCCGCCAGCUACGUGCGCUGCGUCGAGCGAGCACAAUUUACCGGGUAUUGUCUUGAGAGAAAGUUGAAUUGCAGGAAGAGAGGAAAGUGAAAAGAAGAGCUUGGUGGGAUGUGUUUUUUUCUGUUGAGGGACAUGUGAGGUAGGUUGAAAUAGAUUAGCGAAAGUCAGAAGGUAGAUGGAAUGUUCUCCGACCAAAGAUAUGAGAGCAAGCUUUGACAUAAUUUCCUGGGGGGGUAGCGAGGACCCUCCGGGAAUCCCCCAUGGCCGCUGCAGGAGCAUGAAAUCAUGUCUGCAUUGACAUUAGCGCACGUUUUUGUUUUUUUUUUUGUGUGUUACCCACCCACACCCUGACCUCACCUUGAGGCUGUUCAAGCAGCUCUAAAACUGCAAAUGUCAGAUGUUUGAUUGACACCGUCCUUAAAAAAGUUUCAGAAUGAUGUGACUGGAAAAGCGGAAUGUUGCUGGUGUGAAGGAAGGCUGUUGUGGUACUGGUCUCUCCCCCCCCCCCCCCCAAAAGAAAAAUGUUUUUACAAAACAUCAGACACAUUAUUGUAUUGUAUUUGCGAUCUAUUGCAUUUUUUAGGGUGUGUGUGGGGGGGAUUUUUAUUAUUAUUGUUAACUGGAUUUACAGUGAUCAGAUUAUACUAUGUUAGUAUUUUUGCUUUUAUUAUGCUUCUGUUUUUGAUUUUACAAAAUAUAAGAACUUCUUUUUCUCUUUUCUUUUUUUUUUUUACAGCCAGUCUGCAAAAGAGUUUUUAAUUUUGCUUCAUUUGGUUACAGUUUUCCUCACUUUUUUGUGGGCUCACCACCACCUUGAAGAAACCAAAAAAGAAAAAGAAAAAAACGUAUUUACCAAAGCGCAUGUGUCCAAAAAUGCUGGAAGAACACAAAGACAAUGAAACUGGAAUAAUGUCUGUUGGUGAGCAAGAAGUGGGAUCAUAGAAAAACUUGACUGGAUAUUGUUAUUACAAUAAUAAGAAUACAUUAGUAUUAUCAUGUUAUUUAAUUAUGCUUUCUUUCCAUGAGGCUCAUUACUCUUGUUGACAUGAUUUUUAUUUUUGGUUAUCCUGGACUGCCAACAUGGGUUAAGUUGUGUGCCUUUGGUAUCUUCCAUGUACUUUUUUUUUUUUUGAUCAUGCAAAUGAUUAUCAACGUGGUUUUAUACUUGUAUUUAUUGGUGAUCAAGCCAUUUCCAGUUAUGCUUUUUAGCCUGUUUUGGGAAACUGUGUACGUUUUGAGUCAGCAUCAUCUCAUUAUGAAGGCAACAAAUCGAAUUCAACUGUGCCAACUCAUGUAAAGUGUCUUCUUCUUUUUUUUUUUUUUUGGGCGGCCAGCGUUCAGCACAAUCUCUGCAGUGCUGUAACAACAAAUCAAUAAACAGAUCUGGAACGACAUUA